UCUUGACCUGAUCUUUGCUGAUUGUUGGCGUCAUAACUUACCAAGUUUCUUUGGUCAUUCUAAAUAAUAAGAAAAUCAUGUUGCAGCUAUUGCGAUUGGCCAUUACGUCAUCAGACAAGACUGCAUUAAGCCAGUUUGUCUAUAGAAUCAAGUAAUACGCCAGAAUCGUGAAAAUAAGGUUUGGGUCCAAGUCUGGGUCCUCGGAUUUUCUUCAUCUUUCGAUCCACCGCGUACUACCAUUGUAAUUUUUAUUUUACACACGCAACAAUUUACUCCAAACUGCGCUUGCGCAAAUUUUCCUGCCGAUCUUCCUGGGGUGUACAUAAAUCUUUGUGUCACUUAGCUGACCACAUUUUCAGUUAAUUCAAGAUUUUAACCUUUUGAUGUAAAUAAAAACUUUGGAUCUUAUCGUAUUCUGUUCAAACUAUGGAAUAGUUUUAAUUAUCCUUGACUUAUAGUUAUUAAAAAAAGAGAAGAGGUGUACCAUUCUUUUUUCUACUUAAACAAACCAGCUUGCAAUUAAUUGCAAUAUAUUUAUUUACAGAAAACAUGGAAGUAUCUAUCAAAGAAAUAUGUGACAAUGUUAGUCUAGCAAGGGAAAUGGCGGUGCUCGGAAAUUAUGAAAAUGCAGAAGUUUACUAUCAAGGAUCCCUUCAACUAAUCUCCAGGCAUAUAGCUAUGAUCGCAGAACCCAUUCGUAAGAAUAAAUGGCAGGAGAUGCAAAACAUAAUUAAUCUUGAGUAUGCAGAUAUUAAAAAGUACAAAGUAUUGCUAGAAACCUUGAGAAUUGAAAUAAGUGGAGAUGUACCAAUCGGUGCGAGAAAGCGUGAUGACACUUUUUUGUUAGCAAAUGAUGUGUCCAGUAUUACUGAUCCUGAUGUGUGGCCUCCUCCGACUCCAGCUGAUCAUGGAAUUUUAUCAAGGCAUAAUGGUCCUAAGACAAAAUCAACCAACUCCAGAAGAUCUGAAAUAAGAAAAGCACCCAGUGGAGCCAGGGCUACUUCUUCAAAUACUUCAAGAAAGACUGAUAUUACAAAACCCACUAGAACCAGUAAAAGGGAAGAUAGGCCUUCAACAUCAAAAUCAGAAAGGAAUGUUGAAGCUAUGAAAGAUCGACAAGACUCUGAAUCUACAGAUAAAAAUGAAAAAGCUGAGGAACAAGAGGAAAAAAAAUUUGAAUGUAAUGGUAUGGAGAGAGAAUUGGCAGAUAUUUUAGAAAGGGAUAUUGUACAGAAGAACCCAAAUAUAAGAUGGGAUGAUAUAGCAGACUUACAUGAAGCCAAAAGAUUACUGGAAGAGGCCGUUGUGCUGCCCAUGUGGAUGCCGGAAUUUUUUACAGGCAUUAGGCGACCCUGGAAAGGGGUCUUAAUGGUAGGACCACCUGGAACUGGGAAAACCAUGCUAGCUAAAGCAGUUGCCACCGAAUGUGGAACCACUUUCUUCAAUGUUUCUUCAUCCACACUCAGCUCAAAAUAUCGAGGUGAAUCUGAAAAGAUGGUUCGGCUUCUUUUUGAAAUGGCACGAUUUUACGCGCCCAGCACAAUUUUCAUCGAUGAAAUAGAUUCAUUAUGUUCAAGAAGGGGGUCUGAGUCGGAACAUGAAGCUUCUCGCAGAGUUAAAUCCGAACUUCUUAUUCAGAUGGAUGGUAUAACUGCCAACAAUGAGGAACCAGGGAAGAUUGUGAUGGUAUUGGCUGCAACAAAUUUCCCCUGGGAUAUUGAUGAAGCUCUUAAGAGGCGCCUGGAAAAACGCAUUUAUAUUCCCUUGCCAACAUUGGAAGGAAGGGAGGGAUUGUUAAAAAUUAAUCUUCGGGAAGUUAAACUUGAUCCAAACGUCGAUUUAAAAAGCAUAGCACGAAAGCUGGAUGGUUAUUCAGGAGCUGACAUAACAAAUGUGUGCAGAGAUGCAUCAAUGAUGUCGAUGAGAAGGAAAAUUCUUGGCUUAAAGCCCGAUCAAAUAAGGCAACUCCCUAAAGAAGAAUUAGAUCUUCCCGUUACAACUCAGGACUUUGAAGAAGCUAUUCUGAAGAACAACAAAAGUGUCUCAAAGGAAGAUUUGGACAAGUUUGAAAAAUGGAUGAAUGAGUUCGGCUCCUCCUGAUAGUAUUACUAACUUUUGUUAACUUUUGGUUGCUUUGUAUUGAUUGUUUGGUAAGUUUGUUAACACUUGUUGUAUUUAUCUACGUUUUUUAAAUAAAAUUAAUUAAUAAAAAUAAACU